AUCAUUGUUCUAGCGCUGAAUAAAGGUGCUUUUAGAAGAAAUCUUCACACAAAGCAAAAGAAAAGCAAGGCAAGAAAGCAGCCUUAAGAAUGGAGCACAAAACAAACAAGCUUGAAAUGGAGAACGACAAAAAACGCAGCGUUGACUGGCAAGGCAACGAUCAAGGCAAGAACUGUAAAAUGUCUCCAGUUACUCUCAACGUUGGUGGAUAUCUGUACGUAACACAAAAGCAAACACUAACCAAGCAUCCAGACUCCUUUUUGGAAAGAGUUGCAAAUGGAAAAAUCCUAUGUCCAUCCGACGCAGAUGGCCAUUAUUUCAUAGACAGGGAUGGUCUGCUAUUUAGGCACGUCCUGAACUUCCUACGGAACGGAGAACUGCUUCUACCAGAGGGAUUUAAGGAAAACCAACUUCUAGCACAAGAGGCAGAAUUCUUUCAGCUUAAAGCGUUAGCGGAUGCCGUGAAAUCAAGGUGGGAGAAAGAGGUGCUUGCAUCCAGGGAGACCACCUUUCUAGAAAUAACGGACAGCCACGACCGUUCACAGGGCCUUCGGAUUUUUUGCAAUGCUCCUGAUUUCAUAACAAAAAUAAAAUCUCGCAUUGUUUUGGUGUCCAAAAGCAGGUUGGAUGGCUUCCCAGAAGAGUUUUCAAUCUCUUCCAACAUUAUUCAGUUUAAAUACUUCAUAAAGUCAGAAAAUGGAACUCGGCUUGUUUUGAAGGAAGAUAAUACUUUCGUUUGCACCCUGGAAACUCUUAAGUUUGAAGCUAUAAUGAUGGCACUAAAAUGUGGAUUUAGGUUGCUGACCAGUCUGGAUUGCUCCAAAGGGUCAAUUGUUCACAGUGAUGCACUUCAUUUUAUCAAGUAAUUACUUCUUCUCUCACUAGACAAAAGGCCACAAGCAUGCAGCCUGUAAAUCUCAUUAAACUUCAAGACAUCGCAAAAUGAUUUAUCCAGCUCUGUACACCACAGAGCACUGCUGCUAAUGAAUAAAUGUGAGCUAAUGGUAUGUAAACUGCAACAUCCAUCUAUCUAUGAGUUCUUUGUGCCUAAAUUUAAU